CCUUUUUCGCCCACAGUUGACCGCGCGACCACCCUCUUUGGCAAUGGCCAGAAACCUAGUUCGAUUUCUGGUACUACUUUAUUGGAUUUCGAUCUGCCAAGCUGCAAUCAUUUUUCAGCCGAUCUCAGAUUCGCACCGAUAUGCAGCUCUCGAGAUCUUCCGGCCUAGUAAUGGAGCAUUUGGAAGUUUGGAAGAAACAUAUGAAGCACUAAGAACAUUCAACAUUCUUGGAAUUCAAGAGAAGCCUGAUAUAAGUGCUGCUACUUGCAAGUCAGUAUUAGAGGUUCUUGGUUCAUCUGCUGUAUUAAAGGAUCUAUUCCAUGCUCUGAGAGUUAAUGAUGUUUUGAAAUGUGAAAUCAAGGAGGAGAUAUAUGAGAGCAUUACUUCAAGGCUUAAAUCUGUUCUGAAUGAUGCGCGGUCGCUGCUUGACUUCUACUAUUCUAUUGGAAGCUUAUUACUUCUAAAGGAACAAAGUUCUGGAGUUGAUCUAUCCAUUAAUGACGCUGAUGGUGUUUUCCAUUCAAUCAAGGCACUGAGCCAAAGUGAUGGAAGGUGGCGCUAUAGUUCUGACAACUCUGAGUCUAGUAUUUAUGCUGCUGGAUUGGCACUGGAAGCCCUUGCUGGUGUUGUAUCAUUAGCAUCGUCUGAUAUUGAUCAAAAUAUGAUUGGUACUGUAAAGAAUGAUAUAGUGAAACUUUUUGACAGCAUUGAGAAAUAUGAUAAUGGAGCUUUAUAUUUUGAGGAAAAAGUUGUUGAUGCAAAUGAACAUCAUGGGCCUCUUGCAACUACAUCCUCAGUUGUUCGAGGGUUGACAACAUUUACUGCUGUUACUUCUGGAAGCUUAAAUCUUCCUGGGAAUUCAAUUUUUGGUCUGGCAAAAUUCUUCCUUGGCAUUGGGAUUCCUGGUGAUGCUAAUGACUUGUUUAACCAAAUAGACUCCUUGGCUUGCUUGGAGACAAAUAGGGUUUCUAUUCCGUUGAUUUUAUCUCUUCCAGCUACUGUUCUUUCACUAACAAAGGAAGACCAACUAAAGGUUAGAGUGAAUACUGUGCUUGGUUCAGUUGCACCUCAAUUAACCGUGAAGAUAGUAAGAGCUUUUCUCUCUGCUUCAAAAGGCACUUCCAUUAUCAAGGGCCAGGAACUCAAGUUUGAUCCUCAGACCGGAUUACAUGUCUUGGAUGUUUUGCCCAAUGCCUAUGAUGUUGGAAACUAUGUGUUCGUCUUUGAGAUUGUUCUUCAUGAUUCAGAGCAGAAGGAUACUUACGCCACUGGUGGGCAGAUCCAAGAGCCAAUAUAUAUCACAGGAGUUGUCAAAAUUGAGAAGGCAGAGAUUGCUGUUCUUGAUAGCGAUCUUGGGAGUACUGAAACCAAGAAGAAGCUUGAUUUAGUUGGUGGGAGUGUUGUUUCAUUGUCAGCAAACCACCUUCAGAAAUUGCGUCUAUCAUUUCAACUAGCCACACCACAGGGAAAUGGUUUUAAGCCGCAUCAGGCUUUUCUCAAGUUGAGGCAUGAAAGUGGUGUUGAACAUAUCUUUGUGGUUGAAGGCUCUGGCAAAAAAUUUGAAAAAAUUCUUGACUUUCUUGGUUUGGUUGAGAAGUUUUUCUAUCUGUCGGGUCGAUAUGACAUUCAGUUAACUGUUGGCGAUGCCCUCAUGGAGAAUUCCUUCAUAAAGGCUAUUGGUCAUGUUGACUUGGAUCUACCUGAAGCACCAGAGAAGGCACCUCGUCCUCCUCUACGGCCUGUCGAUCCUUACACACGCUAUGGACCCAAAGCUGAAAUAACUCACAUCUUCAGGGCUCCAGAAAAGCGCCCAGCCAAGGAGCUCUCUCUUGCUUUCUUGGGUCUCACAUUUUUGCCAUCCCUUGGAUUUUUGAUUGGGCUAUUCCGAUUGGGCGUGAACCUAAAGAACUUCCCGACUUCGACCUUACCUGCCACCUUCGCCAUUCUCUUCCAUCUAAGCAUUGGAGCAGUUAUCUUGCUUUACACUUUCUUUUGGUUGAAGUUGGAUCUGUUCACAACACUGAAAGCACUGGGCAUCUUGGGAGUUUUCUUGGUAUUUGUGGGACACAGGACCCUUUCCCACCUUGCCUCAACAUCAGCCAAGUUAAAAUCUGCCUGAGAUCGUUGGAAAAGGUUGUCAUUUUUUUUUUGUGAGGAAAGAGAAGUUGUAGGAAAUUUUGGUUUCAAAGAGUAGUGUCAUAGAAACUCUUACAUUUAUGGUUCAAUCCAUAUUUUUGUAGACGUUGCUCCACACCUUGACUAGCUAAUUGUGCAGAAUGUUAUGUGCCUCACCGCAUGGUGUGGUGCUUUUGGGAUGGCUUCUUAAUCUAUUAUCUUACUAUCCCAACAAAA